AUGAGCGUGACUUCGUGGUUCUUGGUGAGCAGCACUGGCAUUCGCCAUCGGCUCCCUCGGGAGAUGAUCUUUGUUGGCAGAGAUGACUGUGAACUGAUGCUCCAGUCCCGCAGUGUCGAUAAGCAGCACGCUGUAAUCAACUAUGACAAGGAGAAAGAUGAGCACUGGGUGAAGGAUCUCGGGAGCUUAAACGGCACGUUCGUCAAUGACGUGAGGAUUCCGGACCAGAAGUACAUCACCCUAAAACUGAAUGAUGUCAUUCGCUUUGGCUAUGAUUCAAACAUGUAUGUCCUGGAGCAAAUUCAACACAAAGUCCCAGAAGAAGCUUUAAAGCACGAGAAGUACACCAGCCAGCUGCAGAUGAACUACAAAGGCACGGCGAUGAAGAGGGUGGAGCAGCCCAUGGAGCACGGUGUCUACACCGAGUCCCCGCAAGGGAAGCUGGAGAAAGGAGAGAGGAAAGCAAUUACAGAAACCAAUACCUACCGCACCCCUCUUUAUGGGCAGCCCUCCUGGUGGGGGGAAGAUGAUGCAAAUAACAAGGAGGACAGAAGGCAAGAGGAACAUUACUCAGAAAGAUCAAAAGAGAUAACCCAACAUGAAGAGGAACUGAAUGGUAAUAUUUCUGCUUAUAGAGAUGCCCAAGAACAGUCUGUGUUUGCCUUCCGGAGAGAGCCAAGUUACUUUGAGAUUCCAACUAAAGAAUUUCAUCAGCCAUCAAAAUCUCCAGAAACGCAGGUCCAUGAGAUCCCAACAAAGGAUGUUGAUGCUGUAGUGGCCCCUGUUGUACAGAGUCAUGCCUCUUUCACCAUUGAAUUUGAUGAUGGUACCCCUGGUAAAAUAAAGAUAAAAGACCACGUGACUAAAUUUUCACUCAGACAGAGAAGACCAUAUAGUAAGGAACCAGCUCAUACAGAAGUGAUGUCAGCAGAGAGCAAAGUGGCUGACUGGCUUUUUUCCAAAGACCCAAGCUUGAUGAGACGGCAGUCUCCAGGAGACGAUGUCUACAGCACAAAGAGUGACCUGCCGGUUCACGUGAGGACGCUUAAAGGCAAUAGGCACGAGGACGGGACGCAGAGCGAUUCCGAAGACCCCGUGGCACCCAAGGCAGAGAAGGAGACGACAACGGGCAGCGAACGUGUGACGGAGCAAACCAAGCUGCAGCGCCAGAUGAGGCGUGAUCCCCACGAGAUGCUGCACAACAAGCAGGCCUUCGUCAUUGAGUUCUUCGAGGACACGCCGCGGAAGAAGCGGUCGCAGUCCUUUACGCACAGCGCUCACUCCUCCCAGAGCGACACCGAUCCGGGGCUGAAGACCAAGGUUGAAAAGCGCAAGAAUGUGUUGCCAGCAGAGAAAGUGGGAAACGCAGUGCCACCAUCCCACGUUGGGGGCCAGGCAAGCAAGCCCAGUAACAGCUCCACUGGGACCCAGAGAGCUGGCUCCUUCAAGAGGGAGAAGACAGAGGAUCGGAUCAGCUCUUCAUCCUCUUCGGCUUCCAGAGCAUCAGCCAAAACUUACGGGAGUGUUGGGAGGAAGUCUAAAAUGGCUCAGGAUUUUAUGGCUGAGUACUUGCGGGAGACUGCUCAGUCUGGGAAGCAGAGCGCUGAGAAACCGGCACCUCUGCCCACGCUGGUAGCUCCACGCGUGGUUAUAUCGUCAGAACCAGAGCCUGUCUCUGCUCCACCUCCAGAGGUAAAGUCUGCUCAGGUCAGGAGGAACGAUGAGGAAGACAGCGUGAGUGAGACGGGCACAUACACCAUCGAGACAGAGUCGCAGGAUAAAGAGGUGGAGGAAGCGCGAAAAAUGAUAGAUCAGGUUUUUGGUGUUCUUGAGUCACCUGAAUUUUCCAGGAUCUCUUCAGCCUUUAGACCAAUAAUUAAAGGUGAAAAAGACGACUCCGGUUCUCAUCAGCAUCUAAUCAGUGAAAAUGGCACUAGUCAGAAGUCACCCCUGCUCCAGGCAUUUGCCUCAAAAGCUGUGAGUGGGUCUCAGGCUGAUGCGCAGAUGUCUGCAGCAUCUCAAGGGAGUCAGAAGUGGGUGUCUAGGUGGGCGAGCCUUGCGGACAGUUACUCUGACUCUGGAUCUGUGUCUGGGCAGGGUGAUGGAGGUGCAGAAAGCAGUGUAGCCCCAAAACCUGGAGAACCAGAAAAUGCUGUGCCCUUGAGAACAAGGCGCCUUCUCCCCCAGCUCCCACCAAGCGAUAAAUCAGACAGUCCCACGCCCACGGUGCUGGUCUGCCAGGAGUCCUACUCUGAGGUUACCAAGAGAACCAUCGUGAAGGACCACUGUGUGGAAGCCUAUGGCGAUCCCAGCAGCCGCCUUUUCAUCCAAGAAGACUUGGAUCCAGACAGUCUCAGUGAUGCCAGCAGAUCUGAUGAUGGCUUCAGUACAGAAAAAGGCAAGAAAUAUAAAGAGAACAAUAAAAUGCUAGAGCAGAUGGAGGAAGACACAAAAUCAGAGAGCCAGCAGCUGGGAGCCUCCCGGGUCUCAAACGUGAGAGGUGUAAGUGAGCCAGUUUCUACUUCAUUCUACAUUGGUGAUGACAGCAAUGACGUGGGGAUUCCCUCCAAGAUCUCUCUGAGCAUGUCCCAUGCUCGAGCAGACAAAGACGGCAAGGAUCAAGAGUUUUCCUUCAAGUCUGGUGGCCCGCCAGUUCCUGGAAAGCCACUAGUUAAAGAUGUCAGCGCUUACAUUAAUGCAGCAGGAAAAGUGGUCAUUUCCCUUCAUCAGAGUCUUCCUCAAGAUCAGGAAAACGUGGCAGGAAAGGAAGCAUCAUCUUUUGUUAGGCAGGAAAGUUUUACCAAAGAGAAAUCAAGCAGCGCAGUUCCUCAAAAUAAACUCCCGCAUAUUUCAAGUCACCCUCUGCUUAAAGAUUUAGAGGCUGUUCGGUCGACCCGUAUGGACUUUGGUCAGGAGACUCAUCUUCUCCUUAAGGACACUGAAACUGCCUUGGCAGCACUGGAAGCCAAAUUACUUAGUCAAAGCCAACAGCUGGAGCCCUCAGAAACUGCUGGUCAGCUGGAGGACUCCUUGUCAGGGGACUCGGACGUGGACACUGCCAGCACGGUCAGCUUGGUGAGUGGCAAAAACGUCCCGACGGGCGCCCCGAAACGCAAAGUGGUUGCAAGCUUGCAGAAGGAGAAAUCUUCCUCCACACCUCCCAUCCAGGACCAGUGUGGGCAGCCCAGCGCUCGGGACAGGCUGACGGAGAAGAGGAAGACACAAGCACCAGAGGCAUCAAACCGCAUGGAGGCCACCAAACGCUUCCAGAUGAAGCGGAGCGCUGGGGCUCGAGGGUCGCUUGACUUCACGGAUGACGAGAGAAGCUCAAGCUCGCCCUACUUGCCAGUCCCCGACGCAGUUGUGUCUGACCACGAGCACUCGGUAACCCGGCCAGUUCCCAGAAGGAAACCUUUGACUCCAGCUGCCAAGGAGGACCACAGCAAAACGACCUCGAAUGUGCAGAAGAUCCAGCAGGUCCUCACCCGCUCCAACAGUUUAUCCACCCCACGGCCCACCAGGGCCUCAAAGCUACGUCGCGCCCGGCUGGGAGAUGCUUCGGACAACGAGUGCGUUGAUACUGAGAAAACGGCCUCUAACUCUGAAGCCACUGCUCCGGGCCCCAAGCAGUCCACGGAAACGAAGAAGCUCUCCAGGCUGGACAUCCUCGCCAUGCCAAGGAAACGGGCAGGUUCGUUUACAGUGCCCAGCGACUCCGAGACGGCGCAGUCGAGGCCGGGGUUCUCGAGCCGGGGCGUGGAGUCCUGUCGGAAGACGGGUGCUUCAGAGAUUAGAGCCGUGGCGAGGAAAACAGCGGCUGCUGUUGCCGCGAACUCCCCUAAACACAAACGCUCCCAUACUUCAACAGCCACACAAACACCGAGGAUACGUGGCUCUGGGCUGAGCAAGCAGAAGCACAAUGGCAGAGAAACGGAUGACGAUGAAGAUUUUGAUGACCACCCUGACGCCUACAACUUCAUGGCGCAAACAGCAGAGAUAGCAGAAAUAGCCAGGCUCAGCCAAACCCUGGUGAAGGAUGUGGCCAUCCUUGCUCGGGAGAUUCAUGAUGUUGCUGGAGAUGGGGACUCACAGAGUUCAUCGGGGACGGGACCAAGCACCUCGCUCAGCUCUGUGCCCAACACUCCUGCUUCCACCAUAUCAGCAAGAGAAGAGAUUGCUCGUAGAUCUUUUCGGCUGGCAUAUCCAUCUCAGUUGGUGCAGCACAUUCCAGAAGCAAGUCUGAACUACCAGAAAGUGCCUCCGGGAUCAGUGGAACUGAAGGAUUUUGACCAAAAUAUGAAUGAUAAUAGAGAAGAUGAUCCCUCAAGAAAAACGAGGACAAGAAACCGUGAGGAGGUAAUCUUUGACAAUCUGAUGUUGAACCCAGUGUCCCAGUUGUCACAUGCAAUCCGUGAAAAUACAGAAAACCUAGCUGAAAAAAUGAAGAUUCUGUUUCAAAACUCGGAAAGGACCUGGGAGGAGAUGGAGGCCAAAAUUAAUUCAGAAAACGAAGUGCCAAUUCUGAAGACAUCAAACAAGGAAAUCAGUUCUAUCCUGAAGGAGCUCAGGAGGGUUCAAAAACAGCUUGAAGUCAUAAAUGCUAUCAUUGACCCUACUGGAAACUUGGAUGUAGUUGCCAGUAACAAGGCAUCAUCUUCUGCUGCUAAACAAUCUACAGCCACUAAAGUCAGGACUGCUAACACUUCUGGGUCCACGAUGGAGACUGUGUCCCCAGCGCAGAGGAGAAACUACGUACAGAAAUCGAACUGUGGGUCUUCUAGCUUACAAGAUUCAAAUUUCAUUCCAGAAGGAGAGAAAUAUGUGAUCUGA